CAGCUGUUUGAUUGCAUUUUAAAACAAGUUGAUGCGCCUGCGUAAGCUUGCUGUAAACAUUAUUCGCCCAACCCAAAAAGGCGGCAACGUCAAGGAACGCCAAAUCAGCACAAGGACACCGAUUUUGUAUGAAAAAUCAAUAAUUACAUAGCUACUGAGACGCACAGCCGGAAGUGCAUUUUUAUGCUUGUAAAGUUAACUGCAGCGAAUAAAAAACUAAUUUUAUUGCAUAGAUGGUACUAAAAAGAUGUAGAUUGUGAAAACACAUAAAUUCAUAUAUUGCUCGAGUACAAAAUGGUUGGUAAAGGCGCGUUGAGCGCAGAUGUGACAACAACAAAGGAACGCCCUGUUUUCAUUCCACCACGAAAACGUCAACAAAACAAAGCCGAGGCUAAAAAGCAAAACUAUGUGGAUCACAUAGUUAAUGUGCAGCAAAACCGAACUAAGCUCUCGCCCUCGAACACAGGUCUCGAGGAAGACUUGCUCAAGACAAAAUUAAUAAUCAAAAAUAAACAGCCACUGCCUCAGCUACCCGGUGAACAGGGUGACACAAUCGCCAGCACCAACUCAGCCAGUUCCACUCAACAGAGCAAUAAAUCAGCACGCUCAGCCAACAAUCUGAAUGAGCUGCAGAAUUUUGAGUCCAUUUCGCAGGGCACCAAGUCCACAUCACAGCGCCAUGAGAGCAGCACCGUAACACCUAGCAGCUGUUGCUAUUCAGAGAGCAGCCUGGAUGCCAAGCUGAGCAAAUCGCAGGACUGUCUCAGUCUGAGCAAUCGUUCAUCGUCGAAGAAGCGAGUUAAUAUACGCACAUCCGACUUGCCACAUGUGCGUAGCGGACGAGCUACACCGGACAUAGCCAACUAUGAGGAUCUGGAGUCGGGCGAAACCAGUGUGCUGAACACCUAUGACCAGAGUCUAGAACGUUAUCAGACACGCAAGUCGGGAGUCGAUGGAAGUAACUAUUUAACUAUGACAGGCACCAUUAAGAGGGGUCGCAAGAAAGGUCAGUCCAUAGAUCUGCAGAUAAACAUCAGCCGGGAGGAACUGGAACAGCUUAAUGCCCAUGCCAUGGCGACUGAGUCGCACAAGGGUCAGAAUCUCUGCUGCACUUGCAGCUGUGGUGUUGGUCUACACAUCUUUCUCAUCUCGCUAAUAUGUUUACCCUUUGUGACUAUCAUUUCGGCUGCUUACUCAUUUUACAUCGGCACUUUGACCUGGUAUAAUAUGUUCAACUACUACUGCGAGGAGAAGUCGUAUUUGCAUAAGAUCUUCGUCACGCCCAUACUCUUUCUGGCCUAUCCAUUGGCUAUUGUCCUCUGCACUUUUGGCCUGGGCUUGUAUUCGGGAUUUAAGCAGUUGAGUCUGCAAUACAGCAGCUGGGUGAAUGACAUAACCGAUAUUGAGAAGGGUUUCUAUGGCUGGUUGUGCGGCUUCUUACACAUGUCCGAUUGCAGUCCCUACGAGGUGGUCAUCCUGACUGAUAUAUGCGUGGCUCCACAGGACCCCCAGCGGUUACACAUUAAUAAGCCCAGGCAGGAAUUAUCCAUGUAAAACCAAAGAAUCGAAAAAAAUGUUAUUAACAAAAAGCAGCGCAAACCGUCAAAUCCAAUAAAAGUUCUGGGUGCAUCCAUAAAUCAAUUUGGGUUAGGUUGUAGUCAUCUAGUUAGCUUUAUCUCUUAACAUAUAUAUGAUUUAUGAUUUUAUUAUAUUUUCUAUAUAUUUAUAUACACAGUAUAAAACAAAUUGAACAGCAAGCACCGCAGUAGCCAACAGCAUAUCGAAAUACUUUUUGUGACGGUUUCGAUUUUCGACCAUAUGUGUGAUAAACGUAAUUAGAAACAUAAAAACAAAAACAUCAGUUACUCAAAUCUAUAUCUAUAUCAACAAAACUAAAACUAAAGUUCGAUGCAUUUAGUUCCAUUUUGGCCAAAUUUGUUCCUUUCAUAGCUUUCUACUGCAAGUACACACAAAUACAUACAUACAAAUACUAUCCAAUUUAUAGAAUCUAGACAUUAAGUUCCUUUUAUUC